GGUUCUGGGCCCGGCACGGAGCCGGGGCCGCAGUGGCGGCGCUGGCGGCGGCGGCGGCAGCGGGCUGUGCAUCUCCCGGCGAGGAGGGGCCCCCGAGGCUUGCGGCCUCCUGGAGGCGGCGUGCGGCGGUUUUUUUCCGCCUUCCACGCGCCGCUCUGCCGAGCUCCCCACUCCUGCGCCGCUGGGUUGUCCCGGAGCGCAGAUUUUGCCGAACAUGUAGUAACUGGGGAUGUCGGCCCGAAGCAGCUUAUGGAGCUCAUUUUCAACCUGAGCAGAUAGGAGACUGAACCAAAAAUGAAGUUCAUUAUCUGCUCGGAGGCCUGCUCUGACGUUUUCCCAUCGGACCUAGCUUUGUCAUGCGGUAAUGCGGCACAAGGUUUUGGAUUAGCGUCCCAGUUUUCCAAAUGGGAGUUUGUCUUGACCCCCGUACUGAGCAGCAAACUCUCAGGGCUUUGGUGCCAGGCUGCCCGCUUCGAAUCCCGGCGCCGCCACUGUGUGACCUGUGCCAGGAUAUUUAGCCUGGUGCCCCCAUCUGUAGACUGAAGAUGAUAAUAAUAGUGUGUCACGGUAGGGUGGUUGUAAGGAUUCAGUGGAGCAAGCAGCCUGAAAAAUGUUAGCUGCCAUUAUUGUUCAAAGAUAGGAAGACUCUUAUUGACUGAAGUCAUCCCCACCUCCAUUUCUAGCUCAACACUUACUUGCUUUAGUGUUUAGUACAAAAAAGCAAAGGUGAUUCUUUUGCAUGUAAAUGUCUUAGGAAAUUGAUACCAAGGUAUUUUCAUUUUUAAUCUCUUUCAGGUUGUUUUACAUAGAUCCAUGACUUGGUAAACUUAGUGUCAUGGACUCUGCAGUUUUAAAAGUAGUAGUAUGUCAGGGAUUCCUACCCAUAGUUUACUAUCUAAUCUAAAAAGAGUAUAGUCUCAAAACCGUGCAAAAGAAGUUGAUGUGUCCAAAUGCAUGAAAGGCGUCUUUGGAAAGAAAAAGCAAAUUCUGUUUUAACUGUUAGUGACAAUUAUUGUAUAUUGUCAUUUUCAAACAUUCUGACAACUGAAAAGACUGAAAAUAUCCUAAAAAAAGCACUAGGUGGGGACAGUGCAGCGAGGUCCUUCCAGGGUACUACAGCAGCCUGUGCACCGGUGUCAUAUUAUCGGACUGUUAAAGGUGUGGAUUCAAGUGAAGAGAGCUUUUCUGAUUCAGAUGAUGAUAGCUCUCUUUGGAAACGCAAGCGGCAGAAAUGUUUUAACCCCCCUCCCAAACCAGAGCCCUUUCAGUUUGGCCAGAGCAGCCAGAAAUUGCCUCUUGCUGGAGGGAAGAAGGUUAACAACAUAUGGGGUGCUGUGCUGCAGGAGCAGAGUCAAGAUGCAGUGGCCACUGAACUUGGUAUCUUGGAAAUGGAAGGCACUAUUGACAAAAGCAGACAAUCCGAGACCUACAAUUAUUUGCUUGCUAAGAAACUUAAGAAAGAAUCUGAAGAACAUUCGAAAGAAUUAGACAAAGAGCUAGAUGAAUAUAUGCGUGAUGGCAAGAAAACCUCAAAGGAAGAGGAAAAUGGGCAAGGUCAUCUGAAACGGAAACGACCUGUCAAAGACAGACUAGGGGACAGAUUAGAAAUGAACUAUAAAGGCCGUUACGAGAUCACAGAGGAUGAUUCUCAGGAGAAAGUGGCUGAUGAAAUUUCUUUCAGGUUGCAGGAACCAAAGAAAGAUCUGAUAGCCCGAGUAGUGAGUAUAAUUGGGAACAAAAAGGCAAUUGAACUUCUGAUGGAAACUGCUGAAGUUGAACAAAAUGGUGGCCUUUUUAUAAUGAAUGGUAGUCGAAGAAGAACACCAGGUGGAGUUUUCCUGAAUCUCCUGAAAAAUACUCCUAGUAUCAGCGAGGAACAAAUUAAGGAUAUUUUCUACAUUGAAAAUCAAAAGGAAUAUGAAAAUAAAAAAGCUGCUAGGAAGAGGAGAACACAAGUGUUGGGGAAAAAGAUGAAACAAGCUAUUAAAAGUCUAAAUUUUCAAGAAGAUGACGAUACAUCACGAGAAACUUUUGCGAGUGACACGAACGAGGCCCUGGCCUCUCUUGAUGAGUCGCAGGAAGGACACGGAGAGACAAAGCUGGAUGCAGACGAAGCCAUUGAGGUCGAUCAUUCUCAUGAGUUGGACAUUUUUUAGUACAUUUUGAGGACUAAACCUUUAAAAUAACAUUGUAAUAAACCAUUUCUACUGAGAUUACUUCGUUUUACUUUGCACUGAUAAACAUGGACAUUUGGAAAGAACUUUUCUUGUUUUAAAUGAAACUGAAUAGGGAGAUGAAUGUGAUUGAUAUAAACGUUUAAAACUUUCUCAUGUCUGACGAAAUACUUAAAAGCAUAUAGCAGAAAAUUUAAUUUCUCAAUCUGUUGCAUGUGCUAAUUAUUACUAGUUGAUAAUCAGUUUUGUCCAGGUCAUAGCAUGCCAUUCAAAAGUUUGUUUUCUUUUUCUGAUUUAUCUUUGCAGUGAAUUCUGACUGGUUUCAAAACAUUCCAUUAAAAGAGCCUAAUAAGACACGUAAACUGUUAAGCUGUUACAAAAUGCAUUCAAAUUUAGUUUGUGUUCUAAGAACUCUUAGGCAACUUUAAGGAUAGCCAUUAAAAUUCAAAUAGGUUUAUACUGAUGGAUCUUUCUAUUUAUUUGCUUGUCUAGAAGUAAAUAACAGAAGCUUUUCAGAGGUAUUGAUUCAUAACUUGAACUUUGUUGUUGACCUCUUCUUAACUCAGUCAUACACUAAAUACUAAAUGUGAUCCUUACCUCUGUUAACAUGGACAUUUAAAUUUUUUUCAGUGGUGGCCUGCCUAAGACUAUUUUACCUUAUGUUAAGGAAGUUAGGUAUUAAUGUCAUAUCUGCAUGAUUUUUCAAAUUAUUCAUUUUUAUUGAAAGAAGCCUUUCUAAAGGCAGGUUACUUAAGAUAUUCCAAGAGUUGACUAUAGUUUACAAAAUAGAUUAAGCAAAAAUAUGUAGGAAGCAAUUACAAACUACUUACAGAUACUGUACUUGAACUCUUUCAGUAGUUCCUGAAAUGCAUGAUCAUUGAAUUGGGAUUUAAGGAUCUAAGAAGAAAAUAGUAUUGAUUGCUUUUUAUUAAAGAAUGCAAAAAUAAAAGCGAUUUGGCAGUCCUUAA